AAGUCGUCCAGGAUUCUUUGCGUGCACACAAAACACUCUGUGCGUGCGUGAGUGUACGUGUGUGAACGAAACAGAAAGACUAUCGGCAGACCAGUAGUGAGAUUUAAUGCAAAAGAAAACAAUAAAAUAUCCAAAAGUUUGUUCGUGACAAAGUAAGGAAUAUAAAGGUUAUGAGUAGUGAGGCAAGGGGAGACCGGAGCACCAAAAGAAACCUCCCGGCCACAAGAACGGACCCUGAACCCUUAGUGAAGUAAUUAUGUUAAUCCAUUGGAUUGGUCAGAUGCUAAGCCCUUGAUGUUGGUUUAAUUCCCCCUUCGUUUAAUGACCAAGAAAUUAAUUUUCACAAAAAGGUAAAACUAAACAAAGUUGACCCUUAUCACCUUUAGCGGCCUCCUCUGCCGAACUGCUGUGACUAAUUUCAUGGCGGCGGGUCACAUAAAUAACAACAAUGUUAAGAUUCGUCCAAUAUUUCACUUGGCUUGCCCUUGAGUAAACCAGCUUAGUGCUCAGUUUUGCUUCGUUCAGUUUGGAAGCAUGCUACAGACUGUGCUUCCCCGUCUUGGGAACAAGACUGCCACUGGUCGGUGGCCGUGUGGACAUCCUCUGUCACUGUCCUCUCUGCUGUCAGGUCAGAGGACAUCAGAUGGCGUGGCGACAUCAGAGCACCAAGAAAGAUGUCAGAAAAGGCAUCGGGUGGCACGACACCUUCAUUUCAAUACUUCUGGCAACCAGGUUCUGGUUACUAUGGGAAAAGUCUAGGGCGACUAACACAAUCUAUUACUGACUGCUGUGAAGGAUUGGUUUUAUCUCAUUUAGAUUUAGUGCCGGUGCCUUCACCAAAAGGCGUGUUCACCAUUGGUGACUAUGGAACGUGUGAUGGGUCGGUGUCUCUACGACUGAUACACAGGGUCAUUGACCAUUUGAGAAACAAACAUGGACCUGACCUUAAGAUCCAGGUGUUGUACGAAGAUCAACCGAGCAACGACUACAACAGCCUCUUCAAAACAAUUUACGGUAGCACAUCAUACAUACACAAGUUCGACAAUGUGUUCCCGCUGGCCUGUGGCACUAGUUUCUACAAGCAGUGUGUUCCUGACAACACAUGUGACAUCAUCGUGUCAUCAUAUGCCACACACUGGCUUAGUGACAAGAGUCACGUGAUGUUUUCCACGAUGUUCCCAUGGCGGUCAGCAUCAGAAGAAGAGCUGCGAGUUCAUCACGAGGCUUCAGCACGUGACUGGCAGACGUUCCUCCUGAUGAGAGCGACUGAGCUCAAACAAGGUGGACUUCUAUUCGUAGCCUAUCCUUCCCAAAGUCUGAAGAGCAAUCCUGCACAACCUGGAGAAAUAACAGAACCUGCAAGAGAAGCUUGGAUUAAUCUCAAUUUAACGUGGAAGGAAUUCUAUGCAGGGGACAUAAUAACAAGAGAGGAGUUCCAGUCGUGCAGUCUCCCGGUGGCAAUUCGGACUUCACAGGAAAUAAAAGCUCCUUUCGAGAAUGCCGCCACCUCUCCUGUACGGCAGGCUGGGCUCACCUUGUUGACAGAACCAGAAGAGUUUGUCAUUCCCUGCUCUGCCAAAACAAUAUGGCGACAAAAGUUACAGAGUGAUGGUGCAGACGACAGAACCAUGUUUGCUCAAAGCCUGUCAAACAUAUUUCGAGUUAUUUUAGAACCAACCUUGAGGAACAGCCUACACACACGCUCGUUUGAAGAACAGUCGGCCAUAGUGGAACAAUACUUUGAGUGUUUUACAAGAAAAGUGGCGACACUGGACCCAGAGACUUUCCAAAGUGAACCGACUGUAGGAAGAUUUGUUGCACAGAAGUUGCAUUAAAUAACAUGCAUCCACACAGACAUAAACACAAACAUACAAUCAUAAAGACUUAUGUCCUUCACUAGGGUACCCAUACAUUGUUGGCAUUCUGUGCUGCUGUAGAUAGGCAAAGCCAUGCACACCCACGGGUACACGGUGGCAGUAUCACCACACUUGAUGCUUUCAGUGUCAAAAGCAAAACAUUUAACAAGAAAUUAUAAAAUUGGAAAAUCACUAAACCUCAUGUUGUCCUCAUUUUUUUAGGCAUUUUGUUCGGUAGGCAAUAUUAUUAAUAAUGCUGCUGUACAAUUUGAUAAUAAUGUUUAAAAGUGAAAUCUUUCUAAAUAUUUAGUUACCCUUAUUACUUUUUUUGUGUACAGAAAUAAUUACUGUUUGACCAAAAUUCGGGAUAUGUACCACAUGAAACAAGAGGGAUGGUGAAACUCGGACAAAGAUGCUAUUAGCA